UAUUAUAAAUUAAAAUUUUAAAAACAUAAUUUAAACUAACCGGCUUUUCUUUCCGGAAGUCGUGUUAGGAGGUCGCGUUUCCUGACGUAAGGAGUUACGUACGUAAACAUGGCGGCGCCCUGUUUGGGUUAGUGUGUUGUGAAACAGACCUGGAUGCUCUUACUGUAAUGUUAAACCCGUUUUAUUAGCAUUUUUGGGGGUGUGUUGAUUGAGUGGACGGCAGUAGGUCGCUUUAAAUAUGUGAAGAAGCAGAGAAGCCCGGAAGUGUUUUAGAUAAAGCAGCAACGCGAUUUUAGUGCAGAGGUUAUAGUAACAUGUUUCUAGCUCCGGGGUCGAGUCUGACCCGCUGGGUGUCCGUGUCCGUCCGUGGACUGAGAGGUCUGAGCCUGUUCUCCAGCUCGGAGUCCUCCUCCAAUUGGAGCAAAGUGGUGUCGGACGCGGAGAAGAUCGUCGGGUAUCCCACGUCGUUCAUGAGUCUGCGCUGCCUGCUCAGCGAUGAGCUCAGCAAUGUGGCCAUGCACGUCAGAAAGCUGGUGGGGACACAGCAUCCCUUACUCAACACAGCCAGAGGCUUCGUCUAUGACAGCAAGAACAAUCUUCAGAUGAGAGGACUGAUUGUCCUGCUGCUGUCCAAAGCAGCAGGACCGAGCCACGCAGCUUCAGAGCUCCUCACUAAGGACAUGGUCAGCGGCAUCUACCCAAGUCAGAGGAACCUGGCAGAAAUCACAGAGCUCAUCCACACAGCGUUCCUGGUACAUCGAGGGAUCGUAAAUCUGAAGGAGUGGACCGUCUCAGACGGACCGCUGAAGGACAUGGAGUUUGGGAACAAGAUGGCGGUCCUGAGCGGCGACUUCCUGCUGGCUAACGCUUGUACAGGAUUGGCCGAGCUCAACGACACUAAGGUUGUUGAACUGAUCUCCAGUGCCAUCGCGGAUUUAGUCCAAGGGAUAUAUUACGAGAAUUACUACAAUGUUGAGGACGGUCUCGGCGACGGUCUCGGCGACGGCGUGGACACGACGCCCUGGGAGGACCAGGCGUUUCUGUCCCACGGAGCGCUGCUGGCCAAGAGCUGCCAGGCCGCCAUGAAGCUCGCGAAGCACGACAGAGAGGCCCAAAGACUGGCCUACCUCUACGGGAAACACCUGUCGCUGGGUCACAAGCUGAACUCUGACCUGCAGCCGUUUGUGAAGAGCAGGUUGGGAGCGAUGACAUCAUUCAGCCUGAGCGCCGCCCCGGUGGUUUUCCACCGUCAGAUCGUCGGGAAGGAGAAGUGGCACCAGCAGCUCCAGGAGGCAAAGACCUUGAGAAACCAGUUGGAUUAUAGUAAGCUCCUGGCAGCGGUGAAGUCGGAGAAAGGCGUGAGCUUGGCGGUGGACUUGUGCCGUUACCAUAGCAACAGGGCUCUGGAGGCCAUCCAGGCUUUCCCCUCCUCUGAGGCUCGAUCCGCCCUGGAGAACAUCGCCUCGGCCGUCAACAAAUUCUGACCCAAGCUCGCGCGCACACACACCUACACACAGAUAUAUACACACACACAGAGACACACUCCUCUGUGGAGGCCUGAGAGAGUCUUGGGUUGGCCAUGACGUCGUCUUCGUGUUUUUUUUUCUUCUGAAACUCCUAUAACUGUUCAUCAUCGAAUAAAAACUCAUCACUCCGGCUUCGUGCCAGAUGUUUUUGCAGCUCCGAUACUCCCCCUCUCCUGCCCUGAGAAAAUUUACCGGCAGACUGCUUUUUAAAGAAAGAAAAAAAAACUGUCUCUUUAUUGUUACCUGGCUUAUCAGCACAGCCACAUACUGGGCAGAACAUCAUUUAAGAUGUUUUGAUGAAUUGUUAGUGUCAUCUGGAAAAUGUGCCAUGAACAGCAAGUGAGGCAUUAAGGAGUACUUACUCUCAAAAAAUGUCCUGUUUUCUUUUUUUUUUUUUUUUUUUUUUUUUUAAAAUUUUUUUUAGGGCAAAGUUGAUGCUCUAAAGUACAGCUGCUUGAAAUUUUACUCUUUGCCAAACUGAGGAGUUUCACUACGGAAAAAGGUCCUGUUUUACCAAUUACGCAGCAAAGAACUGCUUUACUGCAGAGGCUCGACUCGGGUGAAUCAGGAGUUGUAAUGUCAUCAACGUUGCCUUGUUAUGUCAGUCUCAAUGCCUGUUUAUCUGUCUGUAUGUAUGUGUGUGUGCGUGUGAGCAACAGAGAGAUUUGAGGCAACCCAGGGGCGGGGAAAGGUCACCCAAACCUCUCCCCUAUGGGCCAGCCAGCGAGCGCAUUGAAGCUCCGCCAAGCAGUAAUUAUUAAUGAAGAGACCUGAGCAAAUGGACAGGAAAUGCAGAGGUAUUGAUUGGGCCGGUUGCCCUGCUCUAAGCCGUACAGACUGGCGCCAGCCUGGUGGCCUGUGGUUUCCCAGGCUGCUGUCUGUGGAGGGCAAUGGGGGGGCGGAGGAGGCGCAGCUAAGGUGUGAAACCAGGCCACCGCUGGCAGCUGUCCGUCUCACGCCAGCUACACCUGAAGGACAGAGUGUACGAAGAGGGGACGGGGAAGAAAAGUCUGUCUCCUGUAAAAGAAACGCAGAAUGUAAUUAUUUACAGGUUACUCAGCUUGUAUUUAACUUGAAAAGGUACGAAGAAAACAUAAUAAAUAUAAGAAUGGAGAUCAUUUUAAAACUUUAUCCUGGUUUUUUAAAUUUUAUUAUUGAGAUUUCCUUCCACUAGUGGCCUUUAUUCAAUGUUUUAGGCAGAACGGUAACAGUGAAUGGAGAAAGAUACGCUGCCCAUGUGGUAAUUUUUAGAGAUGCACCUACCAGGAUUUUUCCAAUUUCUAGUUUUCCUUGAAGUCCAAAGUGUCUAUUCUGAUAUUCAACCAAUAUCAGUUUUUUUUCUUACUUUAUGACUAAAAGAGAAAAAAUUGUGCAGAGGUUCUUUGAUACAGGAACUACCGGUAGUUUUUAAUCCACCAGAAAAUGAACCAAUUGGCAGAUUUUCUCGUGUAUGUGUCAGACCAUGUCUUUUUAUCAAACUUUUAAAGAUGUAUUGAAGAAAAAUAAGUGCAUCAAAGUUUAAGCUGAUGUCUGCUGUGUUCAAUUUAUUAGUUUUUAUGCAAUUAUUUAGAUGAGAAAAAAGUGAUUUUUCAGUAUUUUAGCCAAAAAUCUGCAAAAGUCAAAAUCUCAAUGGCAAUAAUCUUUGGCCACUUGACUGCUGCAUCUCUUCUCAUUUUCCAUUCAGUGUCUGCAACAUAUUUUAUAAAUGUUGGGACAGUUUCAGUACUUUGCUAUAUUGUACUUCCUUUUAACAACUCCGAAACUGAGAUCAACUGUUUUCAAGAAAAGUAAGAAAGCAAAGUUUACUUCUAAAACACUUUUUAAAGUUAAAAAAA